AUGUCGUCCUCAUUGGACUCCCCCACAAUCCCCAACGCAACACACACCAUAAACGUAGGCGUCCUAGGCGCAACAGGAACCGUAGGCCAGCGCUUCAUUACCCUCCUCUCUGCACACCCGUGGUUUAAAAUCCAUGUGUUAGGCGCGAGCCCUAGAUCGGCGGGGAAGAGGUAUGGGGAGGUUGUCAAGUGGAAGCAGGUUUUGCCUAUCCCUGUUGGGGUUGGGGAGAUGGUUGUUAGGGAGUGUAAGGUUGAUGAGGGGUGGAGAGAUUGUCAGAUUGUGUUUUCGGGGUUGGAUGCGGAUGUUGCUGGGCCUAUUGAGGAAUCAUUCCGCGCCUCCGACCUCGCCGUCUUCUCCAACUCAAAGAAUUACCGUCGAAACCCCCACGUCCCCCUAAUCGUCCCCCUCGUCAAUCCCUCCCACCUCUCCAUAAUCCCACAACAACGCCUCCUUCACACCCCGCCCCUGCAAAAAGGGUUCAUAGUAACAAACGCAAAUUGUUCAACGACGGGAUACGUCAUACCCCUCUGCGCACUCGAAAAAGCGUUUGGACCCAUCGAGAGCGUCCUCGUCACGACGAUGCAAGCUAUUUCGGGGGCGGGGUAUCCGGGUGUAUCGGCCCUUGAUAUUAUGGACAACGUUAUCCCGUAUAUCUCAGGCGAAGAAGAGAAGAUUGAGUGGGAGACUUUGAAGAUCCUUGGAGGAAUUGCGGAAUCGGACGCGGGUGUGAAGACGUUUGAUAUGCACGCGAAACACCCCCUGCGUGUGUCUGCAUCGUGUAAUCGCGUUCCGGUGAUAGACGGACACACCGAGUGCGUUUCGGUGAGGUUUAAGAGGAGGCCUCCGCCGAGUCCUCAGCAGGUCCGCGAGGCGUUUAGCGCGUUCACGCCUGAUUGUCAGGCGCUUGGCGCCCCUAGUGCGCCUAGACGUGCGAUUGUAGUUCAUGAAGAGGCGGAUCGGCCGCAGCCGAGGUUGGAUAGGUAUUUUCAGGAUGGGGCUGGGGUUAGUGUUGGGAGGGUUAGGCAGUGUCAGGUGUUGGAUGUGAAGUUUGUGGUGCUUGCGAAUAAUGUGAGUAUUGGGGCUGCGACGAGUAGUAUUAUCAAUGCGGAGAUUGCGGUUCUUAAGGGGAUUGUUGGGUAGACCCGUAGAAUUAGAUGUGAAAUAAAUAAAUGAAUUGUGAUCAUG